AUGCCCCUAAGGAACAAAUUGGCAUCUUUCUUGCUCCUUCCUUGCUAUUCACGUACAAACAACAACAUACAAACAACAACAAGAAUGAAGGAAUUCCUUCAUUCCUCUCUACCCACAAUUCAGUCUACAUUCACUUGCUUAAUCCCCAAGUAUUUUAGCUUCUUCUUCACUCUACUUUCACCCAUAUAUGUUCCAUUCUUUUUCAACCAAAAAUCAGUUACCAAAAAAAAACUGAAAAUCAACUCCUUUGUUUUCUUUGAUUCCAACCACCACCACCGCCGGUGGCUGCCGCCACUGCAACCCACCACCACCACCAUUAUCCUCCUCGACUCCUCCACCACCCACUGUCCGUCACCACCGCAACCACCUAGAACCACCACCGCACCACCGUCCCUGCUUCCCCUCUCUCUCGCAACUCCCCUGCCUCUCCCUCUUUUCUCUUCGCUGUACCACACCCGCAACCACCAGCGUCGCACCACCACUCCCAGCAAUCCUCUCCACUAUGUAAACCUACCUCCGUCCCCAAUAACCGUCGCGCCACCGCCCAGAACCAAACAUAAAUACUCCCCUGCAAUUCCCGUGUUUUGCGCAACCUCACCCCCUUCCUCGUUGUUUCUCCGCCGUGAACCACCCACCCCCACCGCCGCCUCACCGGCGCGGUUCCGCGCUGAUGCGCCGCCCAUAAAUCCGGCCGCCACCCAACCUCCUUCUUCCUUCCCCUCUCCUCCCUCGUGCCCCUCCCCUGUUUCCCCUGCUUCGUGCCCCUGUUUCCCAAAGGAACGAGUUCCAGUAUUGGAACUUUGUUCCUUGUAUUACUCAAAAAAUUGGACUCGGUGCUCAGGAAGGACGAUCCAUCAGACAGGAAGUAUAAAAACUACGGUUGAGGUACUGCUGGGGACCACGGAAACGAGUAGUGGCGAGGAUUUCACUAUUACCAAGUUCACCUAAGUUAAUGUUAAGUUGUAACAAGUUUCAGUAAAGAUUCGAGAUUAAGUUAUGUACUUUAAUUAAGGAAUUGAGAAGGAUGAUUAUGUGAAUUUUGGAGUUUAAUA